CUGCAGGUCGGGCUUCCACCGGGCUACAGUACAGCCCUCACCCGCCGUAGGAGCGUCGGAGGGCGGCUUAUCACGCCGCCACCUCUGGGCCUGCGCGUCGAGGGAUGGAACGGAUGGAAGUAGACCAAUGCGCAGGCGCAGGAGGCGGGGCACUACGUAGAUCAAACAGUGCCCCCAUGAUUACCAACGUCAGCGACGGGAUGACCGUCUUCAGCCCCGUGUCCUCGGCUCGUUACCGGCGCAGCAGCGUGUCCAUCAACCCCUCGCAGGUCGUCCCCUUGUCUCCGUUCUCCCUGAGUGGGGACAGACUGGACCACAAGAGGCCGGAGGAGAACAUGGAGACCAUGCUCCGAUGGAACGUCCACAGACUCAGCGCUUCCAGUCUCGUUCCAGCGUCUCCAGGCGGCCUGUGGGAGGACCACGCUUCCACGUGGUUUCCGUCUCAGGACAGCGGCGUCACACCCAACUCGUCGCCCAGCCCGACCCGGAGAUUCAGACCCGCCGGCGCCGUCAGACCCGCCGCUGCCGUAAGAUGGCCGCUGCUGACGCCCCUGAAGAGGAAAGGUGGUGUUGAUUCGGAUGGGCCACCGAAGAAGCUGUUUGUUGCCGGGGUAACGGACCCCGCCCACCGCGGCAGCAGCUACACCGUCAGCGUCUCCCAGGCAACAGUGGACGCUCCGCCUGUGGGGGGCGUCGGCCCCCAGGCCCGCCCUCUGACCCUGUCCCCGCCCCCCGCCUUCUCCCCUCACCAGCACCCCUAGAGCCCCGCCCCCAGGGACAGAAACCACCACCUGGUUUCUGUCCAAUCAGCUGCCAGCAUCACUGUAAGCCCCGCCCUUUCCUGCACAUCUGCUCAGUGGCUCCCCCUGCUGGCCGCUCUACCACACGGCGGGCAGGGGUCAGGGGUCAUGCUGGACGUGUCCCCAGGAGGAAACACGUCCCCAUGAGGGCCCGGUCCGACCCGGAAUGACCCAGAGCACCGUGUGGAGGCACCGGACCAGAACUCACAGGUUCUGAUGGACACGGCUCCGUCUCAGCUCCAGAGCCGUUCUGGGUCAUAACCGGGUCAGAACCGGUCUCUGUGUUAAUCAUACAUCUUGUAUAAAAGGUGGUUCUGGUUCUGCUGCAUCAAUUCCGUUUCCAUGACGACGUUCUGCUCAGUCCCGUUUCCACCAGGAGUUCUGGUCCGACCCAGACAGUUCUCCUCAGUUCUCUGACGAACCAGACAUUGACUAGGCCGUUUUGUCUGGGUCCUGGUUCUGCUGGUGACCCGGUCCAUGACCACCAUGACCACACCACCCAACUUCGCACAGUUCGGUUCUGUCCGCUCUGACCUUUGACCUCGGACUGGACCUGCUGGGACGUCUUCCACUCUGGACUCCAGGUGACCUUUGACCCCUCCCAGGCUGCUGGAGCUGCACUUCCUGUUCCCAUAACAACGGUGGAACCUCACCGCUCAGAGCCAGAACUGGUUCUAACCUCCCAGAACCCCCGACAACAUGCGAUAUUUGCACAUCAUCCUCAUCAUCAUCAUCAUCAUCCUCAUCAUCAUCAUUCUGAUGGUUUGAGCUGCAGUGGCCAGCAGGUGGCGCCGCUGGUUACUUGACCCGACCAGGUUCUGUCUGUCCAGAACCAGGUCCGGUUCUUCUUCUGCUUCCAGCUUCUGCACUUUGACAGUUGUACAGUUUUCUACUUCAUCCAUCGCUGUGCCUGACCCGGUCCGGUUCUGCGGACCGGACCUUCGUUUCUCUCAUGUCUUUAUUUUCCUGUGAAGAUCAGAACCGAGCCGGAGCAGCAGAACCGUUUUGAUCCUGUUUUUGCUGCUUGAUUGUUUCUGAUUUAUUUCUGGUUCUGUUUCCAUCUCAGAGUCCAAUCUGCUUCAGAGAACACGGUUCUGAUUAGCUGGGCGGAUUCUGGAGUGGAACAGAACCGACCCGUAGCUUUAACUGGACUUUCUGUGGUUUUCUCUUAUUUGCACAUUUCCCCUCCAUCCUGGUUCUGAUGGACCCAAGAAGAACCGGUUCUGAUGGACCCAUUAAGAAGAACCGGUUCUGUAACUGGCUCCAUGUGGGACGCAGGAGAACCGGACCAGAACUUCUGCUUCACAGAAGCUUUCUAAGCCAAAAAUAGUCAAAAUGGGAAUCUGGAAAGUCCUGACCCAAUUUUAGGUUCUGGUUCCACGCUGAGGCCUGAUUGGACCUGGCAGGUUUCAGUUGGAUCAGAACAACUGUAGCAAAGACAGAAGAACCCGAUUCAGUAUUAAGUUUGACUCUGGGAGACCAAAGUGUUCAGAUGUUCCCUGAUCAGAACCAGCCCGGGUUCAUCAGAUCCUUUUUAAUUCGGCUGGUUCUGAUGCUCCGGAUCAGAACCGUGGAGAACCUGGAGGAAUCCCGGCUGAAUUCUCUUGAACCAGUUUGAAUUGUAGAAGUGAGUUCUGGUUCUGGUUCGGUCUGGUUCUGGUUCGGUCUGGGUUUGAAGCGGGGAGGUAAAGGGAACUAAAAGCACAUCAGUCCUGAUUUGACUGUAAAUAUUUCUGCAUUUCUUUGAGCUCAGAGGAGACGACGUAUUUUUCUGAUCCAUUCCCGGCCCGGUUCCGCCAUGGAGAACCGACCCGAUAAAUAUCAUGAUAUAUAUUGUUUAUAAAAGCUGCCAGUGAAAUAAAGUCUGUUCCAUCAAACAGAA